AUGGAGGCAGCAGAUAAUCCGGUGGUGGUUGCAUCAUCAUCAUCAUCGCAAAGAAAUAGAAAGAGAAGAAUAAGAAGAAGAAGAAGAAGAAGAAAGGAGAAGCGAGUGAUUGCUCCAUCAUCACUACCAAACGAACUGAUUGAGGAAAUCUUCUUGCGACUUCCCGUAAAAGUUCUAGUCCGACUCAGGUCUCUCUCAAAACAAUGGAAAGUGGCACUGGAGUCCCUCUCUUUCGCAGAGAGACACUUGAAGAUCGCCAAGCAAUCCCGCAUGGACCUCAUGGUCAUCGACUCACGUCUAAGGCCUAAGCCUCCUCGCCCAUAUAUAAACGUUGGUUUUAGAGUGUUCUGCUUGGAAUCAGGUUCUGUUCUAUCCUUUACUCUUAUCAAUUUCUCUCAAGGAUUCGGUAACUGGAUCUACGUCUCUGGAAACUGCGAUGGCCUUUUCUGCAUCCAUUCCCCAAGAACUCAAUCCAUAUAUGUAGUUAAUCCGGCUACACGGUGGCUCCGGCAACUUCCUCCGGCUAGGUUUCAGAUUUUGAUGCACAAGUUUAACCCGACUCUACAAGAGUGGAUAGCCAUGGAUUCAGUGUUUCAUCUAGCAUUCGUGAAGGCUUCUGCUGCUGAUUACAAAUUAGUGUGGUUGUAUAAUUCUCAUAGGUACAAUGCUGAUGCUUUGUGUCCAAACGAGGGAGUUACCAAGUGUGAGGUUUUUGAUUUUAGGGCAAACACUUGGAGAUACUUGUCUUGCACUCCAAGUUAUCGUAUAUUUCCUACUCAGAAGCCAGCCUAUGCAAAUGGGUCGGUGUAUUGGCUCACGGAACUACAUGAAGCCAGAAUCAAAGUGGUGGAUUUUGAUAUCCGCACAGAAACAUUCAGGUUGCUGCCGAAGAUCAUUCCGGGUAUUGAUGGUUUAGGUCCUCGCCAUAUUGAAUUGUGCACUCUAGAUAAUCAUUUGUGUAUGUCGAAAAGGGAGCACGUUACCAAAAUCCAAAAUAUUUGGAGGUUGAAACCAUCAGAAGACACUUGGGAGAAGAUUUUUUCAAUAGAUCUUCUUUCUUGCCCAUCUCCUCAGACUGAGAUCCUCGAUCAGUUUGAAUGGAGCCACAAGGAUUUGGUCGAGCCAUCCACACCCGUGGCGGUAUGCAAGAACAAGAAAAUCUUGCUUUCACAUAGCCGUUCCCGCGGUCUGGUAAAAUAUGAUCCCCUAACAAAGUCUCUAGAUUUCUUUUACUGGGAUCCUAUGGCUUGGAGAAAAGUUACUUACUUUCAAAGUAUGAUCUCUCAUAUCUAA